AUGAGUAAAAGAACACAUACAGGUGCAGAGGGCACAACUAAGAAGGUCUCCAAGACCCAUGCCGCUCAUAUUAUCAACGAACAAAAAGAUUAUUCUGCUAGAUAUAUUAGUGCAGAACCUCUCGACAUUUUUUGCUGGGGUACCGGUUCUAUGUGUGAACUAGGUUUAGGUCCAUUAUCCAAAAACAAGGAAGUUAAGAGACCAAGAUUGAAUCCCUUCUUAUCUAGAGAUGACGUUAAGAUUGUCUCUUUUGCUGUAGGUGGUAUGCAUACCAUUGCAUUGGACGCAAACAACACGAUCUGGUCAUGGGGUUGUAAUGAUGUUGGUGCUCUAGGCAGAGAUACCAGUGGUGCCAAGGAAAAAUUGAAAGAUAUGGAUGGCGAAGAUUCCAGUGAUGAUGACGAUGGUGAUUUGAAUGAAUUGGAGUCUACACCAAACAAGAUUGAUAUGAGUGUUUUCCCUGAAGGUGCCAAAGUGGUCCAGUUGGCAGCUUUAGAUAAUUUGAGUUGUGCCUUGUUAGAUAAUGGUGACGUAUUUGCAUGGGGUACAUUCCGUUGUAACGAAGGUAUCUUAGGUUUCUACCAAGACCAAAUUAAAGUACAAGCCACACCAUGGAAAGUACCAAGUUUCUCAAAGUUUAACAUUGUUCAAUUAGCUAGUGGUAAAGAUCAUAUUCUUUUCCUUGAUGAGGAAGGUGUUGUAUUCGCAUGGGGUAAUGGUCAACAAAACCAAUUGGGUCGUAAAAUCAUGGACCGAUUCCGUUUGAAAACUUUAGAUCCAAGACCAUUUGGUUUAAGACACGUCAAGUACAUUGCAAGUGGUGAAAAUCAUUGUUUUGCACUAACCGACAAGGGCAAAUUAGUCAGUUGGGGGUUAAACCAAUUCGGUCAAUGUGGUACUUCUACCACUGUUGAAGAUGGUUCUCUUGUCACCAAGCCAACUACAGUUAUCUUACCACCAGGUGUUGGUCAAGGUUCUCAAAAGAUUAGAUCCAUUAGUGCUGGUGAACAUCACAGUUUGCUUCUUUUAGAAGACGGAUCUUUAUUCAGUUGUGGUCGUUUAGAUAUGUGUGAAGUUGGUAUUGCACGUGACAACUUACCUGAGUCCACUUAUAAGGAUGAGCAUGAUAAAGCAAGAUCUGUUCCAAUUUUUACCAAGUUAGAGAACGUUCCGCUAUUUAAGGGUAUUUCUGCUGGGUCUCAUCAUAGUGUUGCUAUUUCACAAAAUGGUAUUGCUUAUAGUUGGGGAUUUGGUGAAACUUAUGCAGUCGGAUUAGGUCCAAAUGAUGAGGAUAUUGAAAUACCAACAAGAAUUAAGAAUACUGCCACCAAGGACCAUAGAAUUGUCUUUGUCGGUUGUGGUGGUCAAUUCAGUGUUAGUGGUGGGGUACCAUUAAGUUCCGUGGAAAAUGAAAAACGUUCCAAAGAGAUGGGUGAUGAGGAGUAA